AUGGUUCUAUUUGCAACUGUGUUUCAAUUAACUACCUUAGUCACCGUAGUAGCUUCAUUAGCCGCUCCACACAUUCAAUUACCAUCUUUCGAAACAGACACAAUACAGAGUGUCAACGACUUUAUUGAGUUACCACCAAUUCAUCAAUUUAAGAAUUUGCAACAUUUUCAACAGAAUAUACACCAAUUCAUGAGCAACAUAAACUACACCACAGAUCCCUCCCCUCAACCAUUUGUUAUUCAACUUACUGAUUCAAACAAAUUAAUCUUUCCUGAAUAUACACCCCCAUCACCAGAUGAACAAAUUAAAAAUGGUGACGGUCAAUUACCAAUCCAUUCUAGAAAUUAUGUUUCACCUCCUGUACCAAUAGAUUGGAUUGAACUAUAUGGCUCAAAUAUAGUUCAACAAUCAAGUACACAGCCAAUAGAAAUACAAACACUUUCAGUAGUUGUCGAUGAUAGUGCAAGAGGUGAAGUUGCUUAUUCAACAGGUCGAUUGCAAAAAAUAUCAACUGAAUAUGAUUCCAAAAUAUCAUUAUAUCUUGGGUUUAUUGCCUUUAUUGGGUUAACUUCAGGGUUAACUUUUGCUCCUGAAUUGGAAUUUUCCACUAGUACUUCCAUUUAUUACACAUGUCCUGUAUUGGCUGGACAAACUGUAGUUAUUAAAGUUUAUCCCACACUAACCACAUUUACACCCUAUACUAAAAAAUGGAAAUGGGAUAGUAAAUUGGGGAAAUUUGCAACUAAAUUACCAUCAUUCAAAAAAUUGCAGAAGGUUUCAUUAUUUACAUUAACCGGUUUAGAAGAUGUGGAGUGUUUCUACACAUCAUAA